AUAAACAUUAGUCAACACGCGAUUGGCUCAAGAGGUGUCAUCAGAUAGGUUAUAUGAGAAUGGCCCUUUCUGGCCUCACUUUGUCCAAAACGACACCUUUAACAACCAAUCUUCGCCAUCGGCCACCUGAAAAUGUCCACCGCGCCUCUGCGUUUCUCAUGCCUAUAACAGAUCUGACUUUUGGAAGAAUCUCAACUAUCAAUCUGAUCCGAUUCAGUCAUCCUAGAUAUCUAUCGGGCCGUAAUAUCGCUGCACUCAAAAGUCCGAUGGCCGAGGAAGCGAAUAAAAAGAACUCCAUAGAGUCAACAGUGAAUAAUAAGUGCACCAUAGAGUCAACGAUGAAUAAUAAAACGGAGUCGGAGAAGAAUCAGGAGAAAUCAAAGGUUACCAUUCCGCCGCCGCCGGAGAAGCCGUUGCCGGGCGAUUGUUGCGGCAAUGGAUGUGUUCCAUGCGUGUGGGACACGUAUUACGAAGAACUGGAGGAAUACAAUAAGCUUUACAAGAGCAAUCCUGAUGUUAAGCCUUGAUAGAUUUGUUUGGAAACUAGAAUUCAUAUAAUUGUUUAACUUUAUAUAAAUUGUUGUUUGCUAUCUUCAUUAUAUAAUUGAUAACAGAUUUACGAGCAAGCAGAUACAGUAAACAAGGUGAAAUCUUUGUAAACUUCACCUUUGUGCUCUUGAGAAUAGAAACUCUUUUCCCUUUA